UGAAUCUACAGUCGCUUUAUUUCGGGAUUCACCGAGCAGGAACAAACAGAGCUCCUCCUCCAGCUCUGUUUCCAGUCUCUCAGAGGUGUGAAAGCAACACUACUCUCCUGCUAAACUCUUCUUUAUAUAUAUAAAACACCGCGCCUGUUUAAUGGUUCUCUCCCUGCUGAGUCUUUGCGCCUCGGAGGUGGUUCGGGACCACAGCUCGUCUCCAUGCUGGCUGAGCUUCGUCCCCAUGGAGCUGUUCAGACCCCUGCUGGAGGCCUCUCUGUCCGGCUGCAGACCUCUGGCUGUGGGGGAGCUGGUCCAGAGGUGGCCCGAAAGAACCCUGAGAGUCCGGAAGAAACCAGCCCCGAACAGACUCUGUAUUCAGGCUCUGCUGCUGGCGGUGGUGAGGGGGCUGCUGGACCGCAGGUGUGCCCUGCAGGUGCUGGACCUGUGUGGUCUACAGGGGACGAGGGGGGGACGGGGGACCCGAUGGGAGGCUGGUCCCUCACCGUGGCCCUCUGCACCAUGGUGCUGCAGGCCAGGAGCGGAGCCCAGAGAGCGCAGAGGGAGAGGAAGAGGAGCUCAGACCUGGAGAGGAAGAGGGACGUGAAGAGGGAGAGGGCCGGAGAACAAACACGUGAAGAAGAACUGACGGGAAACAACACAGGUGAAGAAGAACUGACGACAACGUGUGGGAUUUCCAGCGAAGACGAGCUGAUUCGAGGAGUGAGGAGGAGGAUGGAGGCGGAGAGGAAGAUGAUGCCUACUGUGACAGAAUCAGGAAGUAAACAGGAAGUGGAAAGUGAAGUGCUGGUGCACGUGAGAGCAGAUCUGUUUGUGAACGCCAGGUCGUGGGAGAGAGUUCGAGGAGCUCUGACCACAUGUGGUCCUCUGAAGCUGCAGUGCAGGUAUCUGAGAGCGGAGGAGAUCUCUGUGUCCAGCAUCAGAGCUCUGCUGGCGUUACUGCCGCAGCAAGGGCUUCUGGGACUUGAUGUUCGUUACAGUAACAUCGGAGUGGCUGGUCUGGCUGAGCUGCUUCCUCUGCUGAAGAGUUUCCCCGCUCUCAGCUCUCUGCGUCUGCAUUACUGUAACCUGGAUCUCCGGAGAGAACAGCCCGGACAGGAAGGAGCUCUGAAGGAACUUUCUGAGGGUCUCAAGCAGCUGCAGGAACUCCGAUGCCUCAGCCUCACCGCGCUGCGUCUGCCGGGACAACUCCGAGUGCUGCUCAGCUCGCUGCCUCGGCCCCUGGAGGUCCUGGAGCUGCCCUACCUGAGCCUGAGUCCGGCUGACCUGGCCUUCCUCUCCGUCAGCCACCACGCCUCCACUCUGCAGCAGCUGGACCUCAGUGAGAACCGUCUGGAUGAAACCACGCUGACCUCCAUCCGCCGCCUCCUCUCUCAGGCCUCCAGCACCCUGCAGCACCUCUCUCUGAGCGGGUGUGGACUCACCGAUAACCUCCUGGUGCUCCUUUUGCCCUCGUUAGGAUGCUGCCGGGCCCUCAGGAGCCUCGCGUUGGCGCUGAACCCUCUGUCUGUAUCCGGCCUCAUGGAUCUGGUGAAGAUGGCGGUGAAGAUGCCUUCUCUGCGGCAGCUGCUGUACCCGAACCCUCUGGAGGAUUAUCAGCCGGGGCUCCCAGAGAUGCCCUCCAGCGCCCAGCUGUUAGACUGGCCCCUGGACGAGGCUAUAGACGUCAACAUCACCAGCAGCCAGAUCAACAGGGCGCUGAAAGCGAGCGGCAGAUCGGACCUGCUGCUGACCUGCGACCUGCUCAACUACGAUAAAGACAUGGUGUGUUAAAGGACCACGAACACCUGCAAACUCUCUCCUGCUUUUUAUCUUUUCUUUAUCAAGUGAUGAAGAUUUAUGGACUAUCACUACGGAACACGUGCGCUCCUAUUGGCUCGCGCUCCAACACAUUGUACGUGAUAGGCUAAGGGGCGGGACAUCUCUAAGCUGGUACACCAAUCACGACAGAAUGCAGGACUUUUGAAGUACAACGAACACCUGACGAUGAAAUCCUACGAACUGUCUCCUGUUUUUUAUUAUAUGUAUAUAUAUUUGUUUUUAGGGAGUUUCUCUCCUCCAUUGGACUCCUUUGUUUACUUCUGGAACAUAGUGACAUCACGACGGGACACUCGCUGCCGGAUCCGAGCCGGAAAAACACAAUUGAUUUGUACUUGUUUAUUCAGAUGAGUAAAUGAACAGGAUGUUUAUGACGUGGUUUUCAGGUUAUUUGCCAUGAUAACUUUGACCCAGAUGAACCUGAGAAAGCCUCAUUUGAUCCAGAUCACAAUCAGACCUUCCUGCCUUAAAGGAGGACGUCCACUCUGAGGCGCUGCAACACAUUGUGCUACUUCAACUUCUCUUCCACCACUGAGUAGGACACAUGGAGGUGAUUAUUAGGGAUGUCCCGAUCACCUUUUUUUGCUCCCGAUCCGAUUCCGAUCAUUUGAUUUUGACAAUCUGCCGAUACCGAUUUUUCCCGAUCCGAUCUUUAUGCAAUGCAUUAAGAGAAAAAAAGGUAACGGCUGGUCAUCCAACGCGAUGAGUUCAGCGAUCUUGGCUGUUAUUUGUUUGGCCUUGUCACUGUUCUGGGGCCGUUUCUCUUUCCUUUUGAAAGCCUCUGAAGUGUCGGUUGCUUCAGUGCCGUUCCCUGAGUGGCCGCUGUGUACUCGUCGUGUUGUUGGUGUUUGUUUCUCAGGCGGCGUGUUAGAUUGGUCGUGUUGAACGUAGCUCUGUUCUUUCCACCACGCGGAACCUCCUUCUUGCAAACAUUGCAUCUGGCUGUUACACUGCCUUCGCUUUCAAUUUCAUAAUACUUCCAAACUCCUGACAUUUUCUCCGUCCCGACUCCCGAGUCACCAGCUGAACGAAGCCUCUCGUUAGCUGCUGCUAUCAGACACUGCGCCCUCUCUGUUGCUUUGAGAGAACAACCAGGUCUGAAAACAAGCCCAACAGAAGCAACACAUGAUGUUGUGUAACUUUAAACCAAACUAAGGCCUCAGGAUGACUUUAAGACGUGAACAUGGUCCUUUUUGUUUUGUAACAUUAAAUAAAAUAACUUUUUUUUUAAAUAAAUGAAUAAAAAUUCCCGAUCCCCGAUUUUUUUUCUCCCGAUUCUGAUCUUUUGAAAAUCACGUGAUCGGAUCGGGACAUCUCUGAUUAUGCUUCAAUAACAUGCUGCUUUACUACUUUAAUAACGCUUCUUGUUGUUGUAUGAAAUUGUUGGACAUGUUGCUCUUCUGACAGAAAUGACUGCUCUCAUCAGGAUGGGAUAUGGAUUGUUAACCCUCUUGUGGAAAUUACGCACUUUCUGACAACUUUUUAUAUAAAGGCAUUAUCUCAUCAGCUUGUGCAUUUACACACACACCCUUUUUAAAUGUGUGUUUGCUAAAGAUUAGCACAUGUUUAGCUCCUUGAUGGAUGAACUGCAAAACCUUUAGGAUUAUUAUCCGAGUGAUUCUCGUUGUGUUUUCUAUUUUUGUAAUAUCUUGAACGUCACCAACUGUCCCAGAAUAAAUCAGUCUUUAAUCUGAU